UUUCUGUGACCCAAGUUUCAACUUUCAAGUUUCAACUUAAAAACACGAAAAUUUAUAGAACGUUAUUAUUGUUUUAUUAUUUUUGAAAGAAACCUAAUAAAAAUAUCAAUAAUGGAUUACCCUCGCUCGUGUGAUACGUUUGUCGUUUUGCCCCCGCUAACAAAUGAUAAUGGCGUAAUAUUUGGUAAAAAUUCCGACCGGCCGCAGAACGAAGUCCAAGAAGUGAUUUUGGUGAAGAACAGAGUCCGGGAGUCCAAACUUAAGUGUACUUACAUCACAAUAGAUGAAAGUCCCAAUGCGAUUAAUGAUGUAAUGUUAAGUAAGCCAGCAUGGAUGUGGGGUGCAGAAAUGGGUGCUAACAAUAAAAAUGUAGUGAUUGGUAAUGAAGCUGUUUGGACUAACAACAAUGAAGGUGAUGGAGACGCCAGACAGAAAAGGCUUUUAGGCAUGGAUUUAGUCAGGCUUGGUCUGGAGAGAGGGAACUCAGCCGAUGAAGCUUUAGACAUCAUAACAGACCUCCUUGAGAAAUAUGGCCAGGGUGGUCCAUGUUCAGAGUUUGAUGAUAGCCACUUCUACCACAAUUCUUUCCUCAUAGCAGAUCCAAAGGGAGCAUGGGUACUAGAGACAAGUGGAAAGCUAUGGGCUGCAGAGAAAAUUACUCAAGGAUACAGAAACAUCUCCAAUGGUCUCACAAUCAAAACCAAAAUUGAUAAACAUUCAGAAAACUUGUUUGACAUUGCUGAAAAAAUGAAUUAUUGGGAUGGAAAAGGAAAACUGGACUUCACGUCUGCAUUUUCCUCUGGUGGUGACGAGAUGCGACAAGCAGAGGGCGAAAGGUUGCUAGGUGCAUUAUCCUCAGGCAAAACCUUUGACGUAAAGGCUAUGAUGAACAUCUUAAGGCAUAAGGACAGUUGUAUAUGCCGAGGAGUUGACGACACUUUUCCAACACAGGGCAGUCAGGUAUCAUCGUUAUCUGCUGCGGGAGUUAGCGUUCACUGGUUUACGGCCACACCUGACCCUAGUGUUUCGUAUUUCAAGCCGUUUAUCUUUACACCAAAUGCGUUGGCAUCCUCUUACACCGUCAGUCCUAAUGAGGCAAAAAGAGAACAUUUCCUGUACACUCUUCACUCGAAAUACGUAUUGAGAACGAAUAACGAGAAAAUUACGGAAAUCCUUAAAGGCGUUGAAGACGAAUGCCUCCUAGAAAUAACAUCGCUGAUACAAAACCAUACAUCAGACGAGACCUCGGAAAUUGACGAACUUUUUAAGAAGUGUGUCGAAACAGAGAUCAAAUUGUAUGGUUAGGCUGCUAACCAAUCAUUUUAAACUCUCUUUAUUUUGAUUAAUCAUUAUGUGUAAGUUUUUUUAAAGAUUAACUCGUAUGCUCCGACGUGAAACCCCUGUAGGCUGGGACAAGGCUGUCUCCUUUCCCCGACCCCGUUUCUUCUGACAGCACUGGGGAUACUCUUAACACUGGCCGGGCAGUACCGGAACAAACUUUUGUCCAAAGUCGGAACUCGGGUUGAUGGAGAGUGUUCAGAGGAGUUU